GUUCCUGGCCGGGGCGCUGCGAAAGACAAGCUUGGGGGCGACUCGGCUGCUCGCCUGGGCGUCGAUGCGCGUGUCGACGACGCCCUGGACCUGCGCGCGUUCGGGCGCGUCGGCGACCGCUGCGCCACCUUCGAUUGGGGCGAUGGCGGCGUGAUCCGCGUCCGCGCGGCCUUCUGGAUUGUCGGCGCGCCGCGCGUCGACAAGGUUGCCGCGCCUCGCAUCGGGGAUUACAGCGCCGUCGUCGACGUCGACGCCGCGCCGCCAGGUGCUGAAGUUUUCGGAGGGGCCGAGGCGGCGGACCGAUUGGCAACGUUUUGGGGUCGUGCCUGCGCCGAGUUCAACGUCGCCAAGGCCGUGGCUGAUCCAUCCUGCGCGCAGCCGGGCGCUGCCAGCCGCGACGCUGGCGCCCGCCAGUGCCUCGGCCUGGCCGAAGGGGGAAAAGUGCGCCCCCCGGAGGGCCUCUCAUGCGAGGCGCGCGCCCGCUGCCUGCUGCGCGGCCUGGAGUUGCCCGCUGAAGCGCCCGGUCGCUGCUGGGGCGAGCUGGCCGAGAUACUGGCCAAGCGCGCCGGGGCGCGACUUGCAUUCGUGGCGGCGCUGGCGAAGUGGGCGAACGUGCGCGACAUGCACAAGCCGCGCGCCACGGGGUCACCGGGCAAAGCGCAGCGGGGCGCGCGCGUCGACGACGAGCACCCCGCCAACGAGCGCGCGUCGUGCAAAGUGCUCUUCCCGCAGAAACUGGUGCGUCCGGGCGACGAGGGCGCCUUGAUCAAGAUGAUGGAGCACAUCUUCGCGUUGUGCAUCGAGAAGUCGCGUGGGAAAAAGGGGGGCACUGGGUCCGCAGUGUUGCGCUGGUUCAGCAUGCAAGCGAUAAGCGAAGUGAAAUCGCAGCUCGAGCGCGUGCACUUAAUUCUCGGCGCCCCGCGGUUCAUAUGCAGCCGUGAGUUCGACGCCUAUGCCCUGCGCCUGAAGGCGGAGACGCGCCAGGCCAGGACAAAGGAGAAGCUUUUGGCGGAGGGCAGCGCCAGUGCGAAGAUCGUGGAAAAGUCGCAGGCGGAGCAGUGCGCGACGCGCCGCGAGCGGGAGGUGCCAUCCGACGCGGCCCUGAUGGAACGCCGCGCCCUCAGUGGCCAGCCGCCCCGGCAGUUUGUUGUUCGGAGGGUGGGGGCGCCAGCCUCUGACAGCGACGAGUUCUUCGAUGUCCGCAGCUUG